AACAGGUGGAGCGUGGAAACAAAGCUGAAAGAUAAAACAGAGAAGACAGAGUGAUGAGAAGCCACAGAGGAAAGAAGAAGAUGAACACGUCUGAGGGAAGGAGCAGCCUGACGGAGGAGUUUCACACGGCCCGUUAGUUCUGCAUUACACGUUGCAACAGUGGCAGGAAACAGAUGACACACUCAACACUGUCUGUAGAUCAGCGAUACCACAGACACAGAGAGAGAGAGAGAGAGAGGGAAGGAAAGAGAAGGUGAACCACAGCAAACUGACAGACAAGAGGCUGAAACCCUCUGGUCUGCACAGAGUCCAGCAAGGAAACCGAUAAAAACCAGAAGAAAGAGGAGACGGAAUGAGGAGGUGAGAGGAGACAGGAGGAGGAGGCCAGAGGAUGAAGACGAGAGAAACGAGAAGCUGAAGUUUGAAGCUCUUUGAUUAAAGAAAAGCAGCAAAAAGGUUCAAACACAACAAUCAGGGAAAAAAGGAGGUGAAGAGGAGAAAAGAAGAGGAGUAAAGAGAAGAAAGUGGACGGCAAGAAGAGACGAGCUGUUUGUCUUUGAGCAGAGGAGGAAGCAGAAAGUCAGAGAGGAGGAGAGGAAAUACAAGAAGGCAAGAGAAGAGAGGAGGCAGACAAGAAAAGUGGAGCAAGAAGGGAAGAGGAGUUAGAGGAGGUGAGGACAGGAGGAAGAGGACCAGCAGUCGUCAUGGAGGAGGACAUGAGGAAACAGGGGAUGCUCUACCUCCAGCAGCAGAGGUUUGGAAAGAAGUGGAAGCGUGUGUGGUGUGUGCUGUACAGAGAAAGCUCCUGUUCCAUCUCCAGGCUGGAGUUCUUCGAUGGAGGAACUGUGGAGAAAAGCGACAGAAAUCUGCGCAAAACGCAGGAACACAAGAAGGUGAUCCGUCUGGCGGAUUGUGUCCGGGUGUCAGAGGUGGAGAUGGAUGGAUGUCCCAAAGAUACAGGACCCUUCCUGGUGGAGACCACAGAGAAGAUCUAUGUGUUUGCUGCAGACAGAAACCAGGUGGAAGACUGGACUCACAAACUGUGUGAGAUUGCCUUCCCUAUGAGUUGGGCGGAGCACAGUGUGAGGCGAGGAAGCCUGCAGAGAGGAAACAGGGUGGAUGAAGAUGAAGGAAUGGAGGACAACUCACUGUACAGCGGCAGAGAGACAGUGCGUGACUUCAGGGUGUGUGUCCGGAGGACGGACGCGUCUGAGCGCUGCAGACUGAAAGGAGACGGCGUCCUGCGAGCAGAUGUGGACGCUCUUCACCUGCUGGAUAAGGCGGGGGACGUCGUGUACACCUGGCCAUACAGAUACCUGCGGCGCUUUGGACGAGACAAGUCCACCUUCUCCUUCGAGGCGGGGCGCAGGUGUGAGUCUGGCGAGGGGAGUUUUGAGUUCGACACCAAACAGGGGAACUUCCUGUUUCAGGCUGUGGAAGCAGCCAUCAACCUGCAGAGGAUCUCCUUUCCCCACAGACAGACCUCCGGAGGGGGGCAGGUGAGUCCAGAGACCCCCCAGAGCCUGAACCUGCCCCCCCCACCCAUCAACACGCCGCUGGUCCAGAGCAGGAUGCAGCCACCGCCUCAGCCCCGCAGCCAUAUCCCACAACCCCCUGCUGCUCAGGCAGAUGACGGCGUGUACAGCAUGGUGGCCGAGCAUCCGAACCUUCAGAUGAGUCAUCACAAAGACAAAGAGAGCUCUGCUUCUUCACAGCAGCAACAGCAGCAACAGCGCCCCCAGCUGUCUCGUCUGGAGCCUCCAGUCGACAAAGCCCUGACUGGAGUGAAGAGUUUGACCCUGGACACUCGCAGUGUCCCUGCCCCUCGUAAGAACCAGGUUAAGAUGAUCUCCAGUUGCCCUCUGCCCCACGCUGAGCCCGGCCCCAACCCGGCCCCGGCCCCGGGCCUGGCCCCAGGCCCCACCUCCACCCCUACACACAACUCCCGCCUUAGCCCCAAACUGAGCUCCAACCCGAACCCGGAGCAGACGUACUCCCAGAUCACACUGCCGGCCGCCGGCAAACGAGGCACCAAGAAGGAGAGGAAGGAGAGAGGAGGAAGCCUGGCUCCUCCCUGCACCCCCCCUCAAAUCGCUCCAGAGCCAGAGUACUCCCUCCCCUUCGACACCAUCGCCAAGAAUGUCAUGGCGGACAUGCUGGACUCCCAUCAGCCUCGUGAGUCCGGUGCUGAUCCGCUCUACGACAGCAUUGACGAGAUGAAGAUCAGAAACAUUUUCAAGAGCCAAACCAAUGCCCUCGGACCAACAUACGGGAAGGUGGAGCACAUCUACGACGAGCCCGAAGGCUGCGCUGCCGCCACUGGAGGGCAGAAGUCCACCGCCCCCACCUCGGUGUACGACGACCCUGAGGAGAUGAGAGGAGAUGCCUGGAGGAUCAUGGGUACAGCUGCUGACCCGAAAGGUCACGAGUACCCGUACAACCCCCGGGUGGAUGACUACGCUGUGCCCAAACGACCCCAGAGGGCGUUUCUUGUUGCACAAAGCACCAACGAAGAAGAAGAAGAAGAAAAAGAAGAGGAAGAAGAAGAGGAAGAAGAAGAGGAAGAAGAAGAGGAAGACAAGGAGGACGAGGAACCGAAGCAGUAUGAGCAGAAGGAUGAGCAGCGAGAUUCACCAUACAACAAUGUCAUGGUGAAGAUGGUGUAGAGACAGGAGGAGGAACGGCACAUAUCCAAUCAAUGCAAGUGAACGUUGGAGAGUUAAUCAAUAAUCACUGAUCGUCUGCUGAUCACUGAAACUCUCUUUUGUGAAUUCAUGAAGCUUUAGCUUGUUGAAGCCGUCCUCUUCUCUGAAGGACGGAAAGUGUCAUUGUCACUCAAAUAUCUUUAAUACUGUGAAGACGUCACCUGGAGCUCAGGGAAACGAUGAAGCCGUGUACCUCCAUCUUCAUCAUCACGUCUCUGCAUCACACGCUUCACGAGCUAAUGCCGCGUAGCUCAGAGAAACAGCAGCAUCUCAGGUAACAGCACCUGAGAGCAGUUUGCAUCACAGUCCUGAGGCAGACUGAGGUCCUGUCUGCACCUGCAGUGCAGGUGUGCCUGACUGGCCUCGGCAGAGCACUGCCACCAUCUGUUAGUUUCCUUAUCCCUCAGUCAUUCAGGGGAGAUUAUUAAAAAAGUUUCCCAGAGUCCACGGUGACGUCUUCACGUUCCUGUUUCUGUUGGUGAAGCUGGCGUCAGACUGAAAUCCGCUCCGUUCAUUACAGUCAGGUGCUCCUAAUGAUGCAUUCAGGGACCCUCCAGCCUCUGAGUUUAAAGCAGCAGCUUCAGCGUUUUAAUAUAAGGUCUGAAAAAGGUGAUUUUCUUCCUGACAGCCUCUGUGUUUACUUUGCUCUCUGUUCUUUCUUUGGAUCCACAUCAGCUGCCACCAAGUUGUCGCUGGUCUUCCUGGGCUGCAAACAAAAACAACUAUUUACACACAGAAAGAAAGCAAGUGAAAAACAAACAAACAAACAAAAAACCACAGCAGUUUGUGGGUUAUCUUUGGUGUUUUUGAGCUUUUCGACUGGAGAAUUCAGCGUCUCCAAACGCAGCACAUGGACAGAGCAUCAGCAUUUCUGUACGUGUUGAAAUGGGGAGGAUUGUGGAAGAGCAUCUGCUUAGUGAAGAAUUAUUUCUUUUUACUAUUUCAUGAAUCUGACCUCAGAUCUGCAGCACGGAGAGCUCUGAACAUGAGUCAGAUGUUUUCGUCCUGCAGAGGGCAGCAGAGCUCAGGGUUUUAUUGUUGUACAGACUCAUGGUCAGAAACAGCAUCAUCAUCAUCAUCCUCACCAUCAGAUCAAACUGAGCUGUGCUGGAUCUUUGACUGGAUUCACACCUGGAAUCAUGUCUGUGGCAACUGUCUGUGAUUUAAGGCCCAAACGUUCAUGUCUGGGUGAAGUUUGAGUCCUGAAUCAAACCGUCUGUGUGUAAAACCCUGAACAUGUUCGUCCUGUGAGUGUGUGAUACACUCAGGACGUGUGCUGUGCUGUUUCCUCUUGUGCUGUUUCGUCUGUAAACAGAUGUUUUCUGGAUAAACAACCUGUAAAUCUGAAAUAAAUCCUGAUUUAUGA